AUGGCCGCAGGGGUGGCAACAUGGCUGCCCUUUGCCCGGGCAGCAGCUGUGGGCUGGCUCCCACUGGCCAAGAAGCCCAUGCCCAAGCCUCCUGCUGACAAGAAACGCCGCAGCGAUGAGAUCUUGGUAGUCAACGUCAGCGGGAAACGCUUCCAGACUUGGAAGAACACCUUGGACCGUUAUCCGGAUACCCUGCUGGGCAGCUCAGAGAAGGAAUUCUUCUUUGAUGAAGACAGCAAGGAGUACUUCUUUGACCGGGACCCAGAGAUGUUCCGCCAUAUCCUCAACUUCUACCGCACUGGCAGACUCCAUUACCCCCGCCAGGAGUGCAUACAGGCCUUCGAUGAAGAGCUGUCAUUCUACGGCAUCAUCCCAGAGCUCAUCGGCGACUGCUGCCUGGAGGAAUAUCGCGACCGCAAGAAGGAGAAUGCCGAGCGCCUCGCUGAGGAUGAAGAAGCAGAGAUGACCAAUGACACUGGCCUGCCACCGGACAGCACCUUCCGCCAGCGGCUCUGGAGAGCGUUCGAGAACCCGCACACCAGCACCAUGGCUUUGGUCUUCUAUUAUGUGACUGGGUUCUUCAUUGCCGUGUCAGUCAUUGCCAAUGUGGUGGAGACCAUCCCAUGCCGGCCCUCUCCUGGGAGGAAGAAGAACUUGCCCUGUGGAGAUCGGUUCCCCAAGGCUUUCUUCUGCAUGGACACAGCUUGCGUCCUCAUCUUCACCUUUGAGUAUCUCAUGCGCCUCUUUGCCGCCCCAAGCCGAUUCAAGUUCAUGAAGAGCGUGAUGAGCAUCAUUGACGUGGUUGCCAUCAUGCCCUAUUACAUUGGGCUGGUGAUGCCAGAAAACGAGAAUGUCAGCGGGGCCUUCGUGACGCUAAGGGUGUUCCGCGUCUUCCGUAUCUUCAAGUUCUCACGCCACUCGCAAGGGCUGAGGAUCCUGGGAUACACCCUCAAGAGCUGUGCCUCUGAGCUGGGCUUCCUGCUCUUUUCGCUCACCAUGGCCAUCAUAAUCUUUGCCACCGUUAUGUUCUAUGCUGAGAAGGGCACUGCUUCCACCAACUUCACCAGCAUCCCUGCUGCCUUCUGGUACACCAUCGUCACCAUGACCACACUUGGGUGA